CGGUCUGCGGCUAAAUGAGUUUUAGGUCUUUCAAAAUAUCCAGCAUGUGUCAGCUGUGUACGGUUGCAGUGUUUCUUCUCGUCACAUUCAACCGCAGAGUUCUCGGCAUUCUGUGCAUCGACUGCAAAUACCUUGAGAUAGAUGGCGUUAGUGUGUUGGGCCCACUAGGGGACGUGCGCUGUAAUGGCAGCCACACGACCGUGAACACGACCGCCGAGUGCAGUGAAGGCUGUGUGCAGAUGGGAUUUUCUUUUCGACAUAUAAAUAAACAGGAGAGCCAUACGGUAGCCUAUAGCUUACGGUUCUGUGCCGCAAAGCGUCCCGAGGGGGACGGAUGUCGUUACAUGACUGGGGAUCACGCGCGUAAAGGCUCUACGGAUUUGAGAAUGAUAGGAUUCGAGAGGUUUUUUAGUUACUUCAGAACGGGAAAAUUUGAAGAUUUUGAAGGUGUUGAAUGCUACUGUAGUGAUGAAGACCGGUGUAAUGCUGAAGUGAAGAAUGUUAACCCGUUGCCGACUGCUAUUGUCAAGUUGUACCUCCCAUGGGUCAUCAUAGCACCUGUUAUAACCUUGACACUGGUUAUUCUGACUGCAACCGGUCUUCGAGUGUUGUGUCUGAAGCGCCCUAACAACCUCUAUGUUCUGAAGUGGAACCAUUUCACGGAAGCUGCAGAAGCAAAAGGCAAUGUUGUUUGUUAUGUUAUUUUACAGCAGUUUGCCUCUUUACCCAAAAAAAAACUGCAAUAGUGAUAUUUGAUGUUCGCGUAUACUACAUGUAUUACUAAGACUAUUCACGCAUUUAUUUAAGUUAAUAUUGGAAUAGUAAAGAAUCGAAAUACUUAUUUCACUUUUACUUGGAGAA